CUUAAGAAAUUUGGUGCCUGAAAAAUUAUGAAUCGGUUGCUGGAGUUUUUCUAUGGGGACUUAAUUAAUCCUGCAUUUGAAGUCAUCAAUGUGAUUGGAAUUUGGCACAGGGACCAGGACUGUUGGAUAUUGGUCCAAUUCUUCUGGCCUAUCAGUUGACCCUCCAGAGAAGCCCCAAAGGAAGCAGCAAUCUAAUGGUUCCAGUACAAGUACUCAACAACUAUACAGCGUCAUCAGGCCGGGACAAACAACUCAGAAGCCUCGUGGGUGGGUUUUCCCAGACAAUGGAAGAAAGCUCAGGAUUGGAGUCCCAGAUCGAGUUAACUAUGCUGAGUUUGUGAGAGUAUUAGGCACUGAUAUAACUGGUUUUUGCAUUGAAGUCUUUCAAGCUGCAUUGAAUGAGUUACCAUAUGGUGUCCCAUAUAAAUUUGUCCCGUUUUGGGGUGAUGAAAAAACCCCGGAAAAACUUCUGCGCAGGAUCCAAAUUGGUGAGCCUGACGGUGUUGUAGGAGAUAAUGCCAUCACCACUAGCAGAACAAAACUUGCGGAUUUUACACAGCCAUUUAUUGAGUCUGGGCUAGUUGUAGUUGCUCCAUUAAGGAAGUUGAACUCUAGUGCUUGGACUUUUCUGAGACCUUUUACUCCAAUGUUGUGGGGUGUCGCAUGUAUUUUCUUCCUAGUUGUGGGAGCAGUUGUUGGGAUUUUGGAGCACCACGACGAUUUCCGGGGCCCUCCAAGAAAACAAUGUGUGACUAUUGUUUGGUUUAGCUUUUCAACUUUGUUCUCUACCCACAAUAAGUGAGCUAAGUAGUACUGUAACUCUGUAUCCAUACUACCUGACUUAUACAUGCACAAUUGAACUUAUGUUAUGUACUAAUAUUGUUUAGAUAUAACUGGCUGAUCUUAACACAUGCAGAAUUAAAAACUGACAGCACGCUUGGUCGGUUUGUGCUAAUCAUAUGGCUAUUUGUAGUUCUAAUGAUAUACUCAAGCUACAUUGAAAGCCUGAACUCAAUCCUCACAGUAGAGCAGCUUUCUUCCCCCAUUAAAGGCAUUGAAAGUUUAGCAACAGGUCAAGACUUGUGCCCCUCAACUCACCAGAAGAAUUUGAGAAAGCCUUGAAAGAUGGAGCGAGCGCAGGCAGUAUUGCUGCAGUGGUUCACGAGCGUUAGGCCACGUUAUUAACAUGGUGGUAAGGAAGAUCAAUGAGGUUCACGACUUGAUUAGGCCAGUCACAGACACCAUCAGUUCAUACAGCAAUUGUGCAGACCACCAUGAACAAAGCCUUGUUGCUUAUGCUAUUUAUGGUUUUCUAUAAUGGUGCUUCUUCAAAUGGACUUGGUGUUGGUGCUACUAUUACUACUGCAAGACCUGACGUUGUCAACAUAGGCGCGAUUUUCACUUUCGAUUCUGUCAUUGGCAAAAUUGCAAAAGUUGCAAUAGCCCUUGCAGUCGAAGAUGUCAAUUCUGAUCCACAAAUUCUCAAUGGAACAAAGCUGACACUUAAAAUGCAGAAUACCAAAUCUAGUGACUUUCUGGGCAUCAUUGAGGCUUUGCAGUUCAUGGAGAAUGACACAGUGGCCAUAAUUGGCCCCCAAUUCUCAGCUACUGCUCAUGUAAUCUCACAUAUUGCAGAUGAGCUAAAAGUCCCACUAUUAUCAUUUGCAGCAACAGACCCUACUCUGUCUCCAACUCAGUUCCCAUUCUUGGUUAGGACAACAAGAAGUGACCUCUUUCAGAUGACUGCAGUAGCAGACCUUGUUGGCUACUAUGAGUGGAGAGAUGUCAUAGCAAUAUAUGUGAAUGAUGAUUUUGGCAGAAAUGCCAUUGCUGCCUUAGGGGACAAGCUAUACGAAAAACGGUGUAAAAUUUCAUACAAAGUGCCUCUGAACCCCAAAGCAACAAAAGAUGAAAUCACCAAGGCACUGGUUAGUGUUUCUUCAAUGGAGUCCAGGAUUCUGAUACUGCACAUUUAUACCAGUUGGGGUCUACAAGUGCUUACUGAAGCACGAAACCUCAUGAUGAUGGCCAGUGGAUAUGUCUGGAUUGCUACUGAUUGGUUCUCUACCAUAAUAGAUACAGAUCCUUCCCUGCCUUUUGUAUCAACAGAUGACAUUCAAGGGGUUCUUACAUUAAAAAUGUACACACCAGAAUCGGAGCUCAAAAAGAAAUUUAAAUCGCGGUGGAGCAACUUAACUAGCGCAAGAAGAGUGAAUGGCUCUUCUUUUGGGCUAAAUACGUAUGGUCUAUAUGCCUAUGAUUCUGUAAGGCAUCUUGCUGUUGCCCUUGAUUCAUUUUUUGCUCGAGGGGGAAAUAUUUCAUUUUCAACUGACUCGAACUUAAACGAGUUACGCGGAGGGAAGUUGAAUCUUGAUGCUUUGAACAUGUUCAAUGGUGGCAGCCAGCUGCUCCAAAGCAUUUUAGAGGUUAACACAACUGGUUUAACUGGGCCAAUUAAGUUUAAUCCAGAUGGGAACUUGAUUAAUCCUGCAUUUGAAGUCAUCAAUGUGAUUGGCACAGGGACUAGGACAAUUGGUUAUUGGUCCAACUCUUCUGGCUUAUCACUUGAUCCACCAGAAAAACCUCAAAGGAAGCUGCAGUCUAAUGGCUCCAGCAUCGGUAUUCAACGACUAUACAGCGUCAUCUGGCCUGGACAAACAACUCAGAAGCCACGCGGCUGGGUGUUCCCUGACAACGGAAGAAAGCUCAGGAUUGGUGUCCCAAAUCGAGUUAGCUGUCGUGAGUUUGUGGGCGUAAAAGGCACAGAAUUCACUGGCUAUUGCAUUGAGGUCUUUCAAGCUGCAUUGAAUGAGUUACCAUAUGGUGUCCCAUAUAAAUUUGUCCCCUUUGGGGAUGGUAAAAAGAACCCAGAUAACAAUGAACUUCUGCACAUGAUCCAAAUUGGUGAGUUUGAUGGUGUGGUUGGAGAUAUUACCAUCACCACUAGCAGAACAAAGAUGGUGGAUUUUACACAGCCAUAUAUUGAGUCUGGUUUAGUUGUGGUUGCUCCAAUAAGGAAGUUGAACUCUAGUGCUUGGGCUUUUCUGAGACCUUUCACUCCAAUGAUGUGGGGUGUCACAGGCAUUUUCUUCCUAGUUGUUGGAACAGUAGUUUGGAUUUUGGAGCGUAGGACAAAUGAGGAUUUUCGGGGCCCUCCAAGAAACCAAUUUGUCACAAUUAUUUGGUUUAGCUUUUCAACUUUGUUCUUUUCCCAGAAAGAAAAAACUGACAGCACGCUUGGUCGGUUUGUGCUAAUCAUAUGGCUAUUUGUAGUUCUAAUAAUCAACUCAAGCUACACUGCAAGCCUGACCUCAAUCCUUACAGUGGAGCAGCUUUCUUCCCCCAUUAAAGGCAUUGAAAGUUUAGCAACAGGCAAUGAUCCCAUUGGUUUCCCAAACGGUUCCUAUGUUGGAAAAUAUUUGACAGACGAGCUAAACAUACACAGUUCAAGACUUGUUCCCCUUAACUUACCAGAAGAAUUUGAGAAGGCCUUAAAAGACGGGCCCAGCGCAGGUGGUGUUGCUGCAGUGGUUCACGAGCGUGCGUACAUGGAGCUCUUCCUCUCUGUUCGAUGCGGAUAUAGUAUUGUAGGUCAAGAAUUCACGAAAAUGGGGUGGGGAUUUGCCUUUCCAAGGGACUCACCACUAGCAACUGACAUGUCAACCGCGGUGUUGAAACUGUCAGAGAAGGGGGAUCUCCAAAAGAUUCGUGACAAGUGGCUGAUGAAAAGUGCUUGCAGUGCACAAGGAGCAAAGCAAUCGGUAGACCGCCUGCCACUGAAAAGCUUUUGGGGUCUCUUUCUGCUAAGCGGCAUAGCUUGCUUUCUUGCUCUCCUUCUUCAUGUUAUUCGCCUUGUGCACCAAUUCUACAGGUAUUCAGAUUCAUGCUGUGAGAGCCCACAGUCUAGACGUCUUCGAUCAUUUGUUUCAUUUGCAAAUAAAAGGGAACAAGAAGUGAAUAGCCGACCCAAGAGAAGGAGGACUGAGAAAGCUUCAACCAAAAUAGUGCAUGAAAGUGUUUAAUCAGAUGACAGAGUUCUCUUUUACAUCA